GACUGCCUUCCCUGGUUUUUGAUGCUGAAUCAGGAUCUUUUUAACUAAAGAUGGAAACACUGGAGUCAGAAUUGACCUGCCCAAUCUGCCUGGAGUUAUUCGAAGACCCUCUCUUGCUGCCGUGCGCCCACAGCCUCUGCUUCAGCUGCGCCCACCGAAUCCUGGUGUCCAGCUGCUCCUCCAGCGAGUCCAUCGAGCCCAUCACUGCCUUCCAGUGCCCCACGUGCCGCUAUGUCAUCUCCCUCAACCACCGGGGCCUGGAGGGCCUCAAGAGGAAUGUGACCCUGCAAAACAUCAUCGACCGCUUCCAGAAGGCAUCCCUGAGCGGCCCCAACUCCCCCAGCGAGAGUCGCCGCGAGAGGACCUACAGCCCUACCAUGUCCGUGGCCGGCGAGAGGAUCGCCUGCCAGUUCUGCGAGCAGGAUCCCCCGCGGGACGCGGUGAAGACGUGCAUCACCUGCGAGGUGUCCUACUGCGACCGCUGCCUGCGGGCCACCCACCCCAACAAGAAGCCCUUCACCAGCCACCGUCUGGUGGAGCCCGUGCCCGACGCGCACUUCCGAGGACUCACGUGCUUGGAGCACGAGAACGAGAAGGUGAACAUGUACUGUGUUGCUGACGACCAGCUCAUCUGUGCCUUAUGUAAGCUGGUGGGCCGCCACCGGGACCACCAAGUGGCAUCCCUCAGCGAUCGCUUCGAAAAGCUGAAGCAAACCCUGGAGACGAAUCUCACCAACCUGGUUAAACGCAACAGUGAACUGGAGAACCAGAUGGCCAAGCUGAUACAGAUCUGCCAGCAAGUGGAGACGCCCGCGCUCUGCCUCCCUGCGUCCUUCCUGCCGUCAGGGAUGGCGAUUGCGAUCUCUCCUGCCUGA